AUGAAGCGACCGUCGGCUUUGCAGGAGUUGCAGGACAACAUCCACAAGUCCACGGCGGAGCCUGCCGAGGACCACCAGCACAGAGACAAAGGCAAAGCCAUCAAGUACAACAGGCAGAAGUCCGACUUGCCGCCCUACAUAGUCUCCCUCAUAGAGGAGGAGACUAAGAAAAGCUCCAGUCCGAGAGCUGCGAAGACAAAUUUGAUUAACAAGUUGUACCGCAAAGAGGCCGACGGGUCGUUCAGCCUCCAGCUGAGCGACCCCACCUUUGUGGAAGCUCAGAAGAUCUUCAAUCGGAAGUACAAGCGAACGGAAGACGAGGCAAUCCCGGAAAGCCUUAUGGUCGGGCUUUAUUUCCAUGGCGAUCGAGGAUCGUUUGACUCUGCAUUGAAGAAGGGCGAGGUGUUCAAGGUGACCGAGGAAGGCAGCGACGUGGACUUCUAUGCAUUUCGCAAGUUCGUCGUGGGACAGGAGCAUGGCAAGGAAACCGUUCACGAGACGAAUGCCCGGAAGAAGAUCAGCAUGCAGGACUUGGACUCCCUGAAGUGUGCAUUCCGAAGCCUGAAAUGGAGCUUCAAUUUCGAGAAGGUCGACUCUACGGUGGACGAGAGUGGCAGCCUUUCCGACGAUUCCUUGAAGCUGCUCAAGCAAGCAACGACAGCCCUGGAGAAGUUGAGCAAAGAAAGCCGAAACCUGAUCAACACCUGGAGCGGUGGCAAAGAGCCACUGAAGGAGCUGAAGGCGGCUUACAGCAAGAGCUUGGUGAUUUCUUCCAAGCUCUCGCACCUCCAGGACCUCGGCUCGUUCGCCGACGGCACCCCGGUGACGAAGAAUAAUUGGAAGCGGCGGCUGAUACCACUGGCCUUACACGGGGACGGUGUUCCCAUUACGGGGCUGGGCAAAUCCUGGGUGCAGACUGUCACAAACUUUGCUUGGUAUAGCUUACUGACGAUGAGCACUUCCACAGCUGACUCCUUGUUUUUUGUGUAUGCCCUGGUGGAUAAAAUGAGGGUGGAUGCCAAAGAUCUGACUGGGACUGCACACUUUGUCUUCAACCUGCUUCGUUGGAGCUUCCAGGCACUCUUCGACGGUGUUUGGCCGUCAGCUGACCACUUGGGUCGAGUGUAUGAGCCAGGCUCCAUCGAAGGCAAGAAAGCUGGCAAACCGCUGGCUGAGGGCUAUGGCGCAGUCCUUUUUUCAGUGGUGGGAGACCUCGACUAUUAUGCCACAAUACUGGAUGUGGCGAGGUCAACAUCAGUCACUGCCCCGUGCAGUCGCUGCCGGGCGACGAAAUAUGGCGACAUGUCCUGGCAGGAUUUUAGGCCAACGGCCACUUGGAUGAGCAGUGCUUACUCCCCGGCGGCCUGGAAAGCUUUGCCGGCUGCGGGCAAGUCCACAUGCCCGCUUUUUCAUAUGCCGUGGACAUCCAUCUGCAACCUGGGGUAUGACUACAUGCAUUGCAAAUAUUUGGGUGUUGACAGGAUCCUGUAUUCCUCGAUACUUUAUUUACUGGUUUUCCAUGUGUUGGCCUUCGGCAGCCCAGAAGCAAACAUGAGCUGGUUGUGGUCGGAGAUUCAAAGGCACUACAAGGCCUUUGAGGUCCAUGCCCGCUUCCAGUACCUGAACAGGAUAUCAAUGUUCUACAGGGCCCAAAAGAAGAGUUUGAGCCUACGAGGCAAAGCGGCGGAAAACCGAUCGUUGGCGAGGCCGCUACUUGCCAUAUGGGCCGCCCGAAUGACAGCAGGCAUCGACCUCCACAGAAAGCUCCAUUUGCUUUUGAAGUUAAAUUGGAAGCUGGAGGAGCUUUUGGAGGUGAACAAGUUUGAGUUCGCCUUUGCCGAAGCAGAUGCCAAUGCAUUCAGGGAUGCAAUGACUGGGUUCUUGCUUCUUCAGAAGGAGCUUUCCCAACACUUCAGCGACCAUGAUCCGAAGCUGUUCAAUUACACGGAGAAGUCGCACUUUCUGCAACAUCUUGGCCUGGAGGCCCGCUUUAUAAACCCAAGGAUGAUUUGGUGCUUUAGCGGCGAGGACAUGCAACGAAGGGUUCAAAAGGUCACAGCAGCCUGUGCGAGAGGCCAAAGGCCAGGUCAGACUGAGGUUAAGAUGUGCCAGCGAUACCGCAUCGCACUGCACCUCCAGUUCCGGAAGCACGGUGAGUGA